GGCAACAACAACAAACACAUAUUCGUUUAGGAAGAGAUAACUAUAAGUAAAACUUUCAGAGCCCUUCAAUUCCCUUCAGUAUUUUAUAGAAUAUAUCAUCUGGCCAGGUCGUACUCAGAAAAAAACAAAAGUAACUUCAAAACCAUGUCUUCACCUUCAACCCCAUCGUCGAACCCGUUUAUCGACCUCCCCGAAAUCAUCCUCCUCUGCAGAGAACAAGUGAACAUAACCGCUUUCCAAGACGCCCUCCGCAAAUAUUGGCCCGCUCUCGUCCUCUCCUCCUCUUCCACCACCACCACCACACCAGAACCAACCCAACAACCCCAUCAAAAAAUAAAAAUAACCCCCCUCCAGAGCCGCCUCGAGUUCGUCCCACCCACACAGCCGUUCGACCUCGUCGUCUCCCCCGCAAACUCCUACGGCCGCCUCGACGGUGCCUUCGACGACGCCAUUUCCCGCGUCUUCUGUCUGCCCCACCACAACUACGACACUCUAACCAAUGCCGCGCAGAAAACGCUCUACGAGCACUGGCGCGGCUAUGCGCCUCCGGGCACCUGCACGCUUGUGCCGUUUCCGGAGGAGAUUGUGAAAACGGGCCGGGCGCUGGGGGGCUGUCGGUGGGUGGCGCUUUGUCCGACGAUGCGCAUGCCGGAGAAUGUGGUGUGGGAUCGUGAGGUUGUGUAUAAGUGUGUGUGGGCGUUGAUGGUGGAGGUGGAGAGGUGGAAUAGGCGGGUUAGGGAGGGCGAGGAGAAGCGGGGUCAACAGGGGGUUGUGGGAGUUGAGGGGGAGGAAGGAAGUAGGGAAGGGGAGGGGAAGGAGGAGGAGAAUAAAAAGAAGAGGAUUGAUAGGAUCUUAAUGCCUCCGUUGGCGGUUGGGGUGGGGAAUGUUAGCAAGGAGCGGUGGGCGGCUCAGACCGUGUUGGCUAUGAAGCAUUUUGUGGAUGCGUUGGAGAGACCGGAGAAGUGGGCGAACUUGGACUGGUUGGAGAUUGGGAAGGGGUCUUUUGAGACUGAGAUGACGUGGAAGUUUGAGGGGAUCAUGGGGAAGAAGUAGGUAAGGGGGUAAUGUAAUAAUGUCCGUACCUGUGGCUGCCAGAGGGGGGAAGAUUCCGAAUGCUCGUGAUUUUUGGGAGUUUCAAGGGGGGGGAAUAUUCUACUUCGUGUAACCAUUGCGGAGAAUCCCGGCCGGAACUCUUGCGCCUCAGGGACCCGGUGGAUGGGGUGCAGUUACAUUUUGAAUCAAGGGGGUGUUUCUGUUUCGCACACCAUGGGCAUGUUUCAUCAUCGGUCGAUGAAUAAUUUUACCAAGUCGUAGAAACAAAUAAAUUCCCGAAGUGAAAAGGAGCUGGUGUACAGAAUAAAGGAGCAUCGAACAAAUUAUGACAAACACAGCAACAGUCAACAGCUAAUUUCCGAAUGCCCUGGAUAUAUCAGAGCAGAAAGUUUACACAAUCAAAUCGACAAGUUACAUUGCCCAUUCAUCCUCAUAAUACACUUCAUUUCUGUUUCCCCACGAUGUUCCAUACAAACGCUGAGACACGUUGGUGUACACGGAUAAUGCACGCCAACCACGCCCUUCCUACUCCCUCAGCACAAGCACAUGAACAACAUACCCCGACCCACCCUUCAAUCCCAAGCCCUCCCCCAUCCCUUUCCCAAGAACCUCAUCGCUAACCCUCCACACCCGAAACUCCGCCAGCGCCGCGCGCAGCCACGACUCAAACACAUCCGGCACCCGCAGUUGCUGUGCAAUAACGCAUACAGUUGGCCGCCUUUUCGACGCGAGCGGUGUUGGUGGUGGUGCGCCCUCAGGCAGGGACGGAGGCGGUAGUGUAUAGCCAGGCCGCAGCCGACAGAUAUCUGCGCAGGUUUGCACGAAAGGAUCGAUUAGGGCGUCGUUGUAGAUGCAGUCGCAGGCGAGGAGGAGGUCGAAACCCGGGUCUUUUUCUACUUCAUCGCUUUCUUCUUCUUUCGUUUUUUCUGAUGAUUGAGUAGAGGAGGGCUUGAUGACUUGUUUGAGUGUGCAUGGCGAGUCAAGCUCCCAGUCCAGCGCAGUGAAGGUUACGUUUCCUGUGCUGGUGGUGUCCGGGCGGUGUCGGGAAGGGGAUGGGGAGUGUUGAUUUGAAGAACGGGUAGAUGGCGGUUUUCGAGGGCCGCGCCGGGAUUGGCGGUGCUGAUCAUUACGGCGGGGGGCGGUGGCGUUGGCAUUGGCUAUAGUGUUUGCUUCGAGGUUUUCCUUUAGUAGUUUGUGGACGUAUUCUUGGUCUGUAGCUAUGUAAUGGCUAAUAGAUGGGGCGAGUGUGAGGGCGAUGACCCCAGAUAUCCCACAACCAAGCUCGACAACGGUAGAGUCCUGGUUUAGGAUUGAUGAUGUCCAGAGGGUAUUUUGUUUGGAAGAUAGCCAUUCUGCGACGAAGGGGGUGAUUUUCCAUAGAACUGAAGGCGGAUUGAUAUUUUAUACUGGGUUAGAAAACGGGGCAUUUCGUUGGCAAACCAGUAGGACAUCAAAAGGUAGAUCGGCUUGGAAUAAACGGACUAUUAAAAAAAACAUACCCGCGCCCGUAGUUCCCCCUGAACGGGUUG